AUGAUGAUCGACAUUUGUGUUCCGUUUGAGGAUUGGGAGUACAAUGCUGUGGGACACCAUAGAUGUUAUUUUGUGGUUGCAGAGAGUAUUCUAAUGAUUUAUCUCACAGUUUUGUACUUUCGAAUGCGGAAAAUCAAAACACCAACUGAGAUGUAUAUAAGGAAUUUGUUGAUAAUCGCGUGGCCUCUCAUCCCAAUUCGUCUCUUCAAAACCGGCUUCACCUUCUUUUUCCCACUUGAAGCAUCUCAAAGUUACCUUCUCUGCAUCUUUUUGCGGAUUGAAACAACGCUUCAGUAUUUUUUCAAUCUGGCUCAUCUCCUACUGGUAACCUAUUUUGCCCGGCAAGUAUCGAAACAUAGAAGUGUCAGUUUCGAGGUGACGACAAGAAUGAGAAGAACUUUGGUCGCAUUCAACUUAUUCUCCUUCAUAAUUUCAACUCUUUUGGUGAAUCUACAAGUUUCCAGUGGAAUUGUUAAGGUCUUCAGUUGUAUUUAUGCAAUUCCAACUGUUAUUUUCUUGCCCGUUUACGUCGUCAUUCAUUUUGUGGCAAAUAUCAAAGGUUCAUUGAAAUGUUUCCGAAGAAAAAAAGAAGGGGAUGAGAACGAUUUCAGCUAUUUUUAUUUCUAUGCUCUUCAGUUUUUCACAUCAUGGGCACAUGUCUAUCAGUUUUGUGUGGUCCAAACCUUCCUCAUUCCUGCAAUCUUUCCUGCAUUCGCUGGAGAUUAUCUAAUCACCUUCCGUUAUGUGUCAGGCGUGCUUGCUGUUCGAUUCAUGGUAUCCAUUAUUUUCGCGGCGGGUCCAAUGAUUCUUCUUCCACCCGUUCGACGUCAAAUUUUCAGACCAAUUUUGAAAUUGAAACAGGAUAGAGUGGCGGCAGUUUCGGAGCCAAGAUCUGCAGAUCAGAUUCAAGUUACUUUUGUCAAUUAG